AUGUAUAAAAAACAUUCGACAGAAAAAUUAGUUAGAAAAAAUGCAUCUCCAACACAUGAAAAAGAGAAUAACUCUUAUGCUAGAAAAUAUAGUAGAAAACUUUUGAGUAGAUAAAGCUAUCAUGAUGAAUAAGAAAAUGUUAAAGAAAAUAUAUUAACAACAUAUAAUUCUAAUACUAAUACUAUAAAUUAAAAUGAAAGUAUUACACAACUUUAAUAAAUUAUCUAAUAAUAGAAACGAUAAAUUUAAAAUUAUAAAAUGGGUUGUCCUAGAUGUUUAAAUAAAUAAAAUACAGAUCUAGAAUUAAGAAAUAAAAUUUUAGUUUAAAAUAACUAAAUAUUAUCAUUAUUAUCUAAGGAUACUUAAUAAUCAGAUUAUACAGAAUUAUUUAGAAUUAAUUAAAUGUUAUAGUAAUAAAAUGAAGAAUUAAAAUAAAAUAAUGAAAUUUUGAUUUAAAAUCAAUAAGAAAUAUUAUAAGAGAAUUUAUACUUAAAAAAUUUAUUUGCUGAAACAAGUAAUAAUGCUAAUGCCAAAGAAAAUUCAAGCUGUAAUUUAUUUAAUUAUAGUUGAUAGAAUUAUUUAGUCUCUCAUAAUCUUAAGGAAGAUUUUCAUCAAUUUUAUAGUUAAACUCAUAAGUUCAAUCUCCAUCACAUACUAAAUAGCCUCAUGAUAAAUUAUUUAACUUAUUAAAAUGA